AUGUCUGACUUACAACUCACUAUAUUAAAGGCCCUUGGUGAAAAGGGCUCUAUUCCUGACUCGUCUGUGGAAUUUCCUAAUGAAGACUCUCAACAACUUCAAGCAGCAUUAAAUUCUUUACUUGCCAGAUCUAUGAUCACCUAUAAAACUAAAGAAACUGAGACUUACAAUUUGACUGACGAAGCAAAGGAAAUUGUUUCACUAGGCUCCCAUGAAUACAGACUUUUGAAUAAAGUUAUUGAAAGCCUUGAAGGUCUGAAGAUUUCCGAAAUCGAUUCUGUCAUGGGUAAAAAUGGUAAAAUCGCACAAGGCCGUGCUUUUAAGAACGGUUGGAUCAGUAAAGACGGCGAUAAGUUGGUUGCAAAAGUUGAGGAUUCAUCUUCUGUCCAAGACACAACUGCCGAACAAUUAAAGGAAAUUGUUGCAACUGGCUCUUUAUCAAAUAAAAAAGACUUGGCUGAUUUGAAAAAGAGAAAGUUAAUUGCUCCUGUUAAAGUUUUCACAUUCUCUAUUGAAAAGGGUCCUGAGUUUGCACUAGAAAUUAAGCAAUUAGAAACGGAUAUUACAUCUGAUAUGAUUUUGUCAGGUUCUUGGAAAUCAGCGUCUUUCAAACCAUAUAAUUUCAACACAGAGGGUGAAUUACCACAUUCUGGUGCAUUACACCCAUUGAAUAAAGUCAGAGAGGAGUUUAGACAAAUCUUCUUCUCUUUAGGUUUUUCUGAGAUGCCGUCAAAUCAAUACGUUGAAUCCGGUUUCUGGAAUUUUGACACUUUAUUCGUUCCGCAACAACAUCCAGCUAGAGAUUUGCAAGACACCUUCUACCUAAAAGAUCCAAAGACAGCAUUGCCACCAAGUGAUAAGGAAUAUUUAGAAAAUAUCAAAGCUGUUCACCAAGAUGGUGCGUUUGGUUCCAUCGGUUACAGAUACCCAUGGCAUUUAAACGAAUCAUUGCGUACCGUUCUAAGAACUCAUACAACUGCAAUUUCUUCCAGAAUGUUGAAAGAGUUGGCUAAAGAUCCUAAACCAACUAGAUUGUUCUCUAUUGAUAGAGUUUUCAGAAAUGAAGCUGUUGAUGCCACUCAUUUAGCUGAAUUCCAUCAAGUUGAAGGUGUCUUUGCAGACUACAAUUUAACUUUAGGUGAUUUGAUUGGUUUUAUGCAACAAUUCUUUGAAAAGAUGGGAGUGACAAAUUUAAGGUUCAAACCAACUUAUAAUCCUUAUACCGAACCAUCUAUGGAAAUUUUCUCAUGGCAUGAAGGUUUGGGUAAAUGGGUUGAAAUUGGUAACUCUGGUUUAUUCAGACCUGAAAUGUUGGAACCUAUGGGACUACCAAAGAAUAUGAGAGUCCUUGGAUGGGGUUUGUCUUUGGAAAGACCUACAAUGAUCAAAUAUGGUGUUUCAAAUAUUAGAGAAUUGUUAGGCCAUAAAGUUGACUUGGAUUUUAUCGAAAACAAUCCAGCUGCAAGACUUGAGGUUGAUAUCUAA